AUGAGAUUAUGGAGGAUCCUCGCAAGUGCCUUCAGAAGGAUCUCGCUUUCUGGAUCAUAUAAUGUUCUUCCAGAAGGACGAAGCUUUGACCGAGAAGGCAGCACCGGCUUUAUUAGUCGUUGGACGUUCAGCUGGGCAGGGCCCAUUCUAUACAUUGCCAAUCAAACGGGCUCACUCGAAGUUGAAGACCUUCCCCAGGUCCCGAGUGAGUACAGUGCCAUAGGUCUACGAAGCGCAUUCUCUGUCAAGCAGAGUGAUGGAUUACAAACGAGCAAGCAGCAAUUUAUAAGCACUGUAUGGCAUCUUGCCUAUAAAACACUGCCAAGUCUGGCAUUGUUGACAGUCGCUUGCGUUGCUUUGGGUUUCGCCCCACAAGCUGCUCUAUUCGGUCUUCUGCGUUCCAUAGAAGAGGAUCGCAGAGGAUUUGGUGCGUGGGGAUAUGUUCUUGGCCUGUGUCUCCCAAUUGUAGUAUCAGCGGUAUUAGACCACAGAAGAUACUGGAUCUCAUAUCGAUCAUUAUCACUCCGCUUGCAGAAUCAUCUUAUGGUUGCACUCUUCGACAAAGCAGUCACAUUCGACAGCAUCUCUGGGACUGGUCCGUCUACGGAUGCAGAGAAUGACAGUACAGGAAGCAAGCAAUGCUCCAGAAACCUAACAAAUCUGAUGGCAGUAGAUGUGAAGCGCGUUUCCGAAUUUGUUUCGAACUCUUUCUCAAUCUAUGAGACACCGCUGCGACUUCUGAUAUCUUCUGUGGUCCUUAUAAGGCUUGUCGGCUGGCAAAGCCUAUUCGUCAGUGUUUUGAUCCUACUGCUAUUAUGGCCUUUGAACAACUAUGCGAUCGAGCGAUAUUCCCGUUCUCAGAAGGAAUUGAUGGAAUAUCGUGAUCGCAAGCUUGCCUCUGUCACAGAGGUUCUUCAUGGCAUUCGUCAAAUCAAAUUCUCCGCCACGGAGGAGCAAUGGGAAGCCAAAAUCGAAGCACUACGCACGGGAGAGCUGGAUAUGCAAAGAGAGGCCUUCCAGUGGAACCUUGUUUUGAUGUCAUUCUAUCUAUUGACCCCAACGGUUCUGUCAACGGUGCUGUUGACUGUGUACGCGGUGAUACACGGAAGCCUGUCUCCGGCAACAGCGUUUACCGCUAUGUCAAUCCUGAACACCGUGCAAAACUCACUUAAUUCAGUGCCCAGUGUGAUCACUGCUGGAUUUAACUGUAUACAUAGCGUCAAGCGCCUUUCUGACUACUUGGACACACUGCAACAUGUACCAGCUGUUUUGCCUUCCAAAAGCAUUGAUUUUUGUAACGCUUCGUUGGCAUGGCGAGGAAGCAGUGGUUACAAUCCCGACGUCCUGAAAAACCUGAAUAUGUGUAUUCCACAAAAUUGUCUGACCCUGAUCACGGGGCCCACGGGUGCUGGCAAAAGCCUUCUCUUGGCGUCAAUAUUGGGAGAGUGUGAUAUUCUCAGCGGUACGGUCAAAGCGCCAACUGGAAGAGAAUGGACCCCAGUAUUUGAGACGUACCAUGGAUGGCUCUUAGAAGGCACCACCGCUUACGUCGCACAAACGCCUUGGAUAGAAGCUCUUACCAUCCGAGAUAAUAUUUUGUUUGGCCUGCCAUUUGACGUUCGAAGGUACAAGCAGGUGAUAUUUGCAUGUGCACUGGAGUCAGAUCUGCAAGCAAUGGUGGAUGGGGAUGAGACACACUUGGGGCCAAACGGUGUUAAUCUGAGCGGUGGGCAAAAGGCCCGUCUUUGCCUAGCCCGAGCGCUGUAUUCCAGAGCAACGGUUCUGCUCCUGGACGAUAUAUUCAGCUCCGUUGAUGUACACACGGCUGCCCAUUUAUGCCAAUAUGCUCUGGCUGGGCCACUUGCACGGGAUAGGACGCGUAUUCUCGUUACUCAUCAUGUGUCCUUAUGCCGGGAUCAUGCUCAAGGCAUAGUCCACGUUGAUGGGGGGACCGCACACUUCAGUCCCUUAGCGAACCCAGAAACAAAAGACGGGGUGGACGACAGUUGGACGGAUUAUCUUAAUAUGAAGCCUUUCGUAAAGGGAGUCAGCUACAGCAGCUCCGAUAAUGAUGCGACCGUCAGAUCGUCCCAAAAGUUCAUUGUCGAAGAGACUAGGGAGAAAGGAGCUGUCAAAUGGGCCGUCCUGCAAAAUUAUGUCCAGCAGAGCGGUACUCGUUCCUACUGGAUGUGCUUAGUGAUGGCGUUUCUAACCUAUAGCAUACUCAUGCUGAGCAGGACCUGGUGGCUGGGGAAAUGGAGCCAAUCCUACCAGAUCCCAACACCGAAUGAGCAACACAAUGUGUCAUACUACGCCAAAGUCUACAUUAUCUUGUCUGUACUAGUGUGCAUAGUCGGUGCAACUCGCAGUUACUUCGCGAUGAUGGGUUCUUUAAGGGCUUCGGAGGUUCUCUUCCGUCGCUUUCUUCACCAAGUUCUCCGGAUGCCCUUGCGUUGGAUUGACACAGUCCCAGUUGGACGGAUACUCAACCGCUUCUCAAACGACUUCAAUCUCGUGGACUCUCAAAUGGGGGACGACAUGCGAGCCAUUUUAUCCUACGGAAUGGAUGUUGUGAUGGCUGUAGUCCCAAGCCUAAUUAUCAACCCACUGUCACUCGUUUCCAGCUUGAUUCUUGGGUUGAUUACCGCUAGGUACGCUAAUUGGUACUUGGUAGCUGCACGAGAGAUAAAACGUCUCGACAGCGUGGCCCGCAGUCCGAUUUACGACCAUCUCGAAUCGUGCAUGGCCGGUUUGUGGACGAUCCGAGCUUUUGGGAAAGCUCGUGUCUACCAGGAACAGUUCCGACAGCGCUUAGAUCGCCGAGCACGUACUCAAUGGCACAGUUGGCUAUUCAAUCAGUGGUUAGCCGUCCGGUUGGAUAUGAUCGGGGCUGCAUUUACUGCGAUUUGCGCGGCUGCUGUGGUUUUGCUUGAGGUCGAGGCUUCAACUGCCGGGUUCGCCAUUAAUUUCACACUGAAGCUCACUCAGUCGAUAUCGUUUGGGAUUCGCAAUUAUGCGUCUUUGGAACUCGAUCUGAACAGUGUGGAAAGAGUCUUAGAGUACUGCCAUUUGGAGACUGAGAGCGAUGGUGGCAAUCCCGCCCCUGCCGGCUGGCCCUACAAUGGAACACUCGAGGUCAGGAACUUAUCAGUACAGUAUGCACCUGACAUAGAGCCAGCACUACAUAAUGUCACUUUCAAAGUGGGAAGUAACCAGCGCAUCGGCAUAGUUGGAAGAACUGGAGCCGGAAAGUCAUCCUUAGCCCUGGCACUGUUCCGCGUUCUCGAGCCAUGCGCAGGACAGAUUCUCAUCGAUGGUCUUGAUAUCUCUACCAUCCGACUACAUGACAUCCGAAGUCGACUGGCCAUUAUCCCACAGUCUCCAUUCCUCUUCAAAGGAACAGUGAGGUCGAACCUUGAUCCCUCAGGCAACUGUGAAGACUCAGAACUCACCUCCGCUCUUUCCCGUGUCAAUUGGAGCAGUUUCACGUCCUUGGACAACAACCAGCACAUACGCACUAAUAUAACUCCUGGACAAGAAGCCUCAAUACUGAAUGAUCCAGUAUCUGACGGAGGCUCCAACCUUUCACACGGCCAACGACAGCUCCUUUGCCUAGCGCGCGAACUGCUCCGAAUGCCGCGUAUAUUGGUCCUAGAUGAAGCGACAUCCGCAGUGGAUAAGGAAACAGACGGUCUCGUGCAACGCUCAAUCCGGUCGGAGUUCGGUCGGAACGGCACUACGUUGCUGGUGGUUGCUCAUCGCCUCAGUACAGUUGCUGACUUUGACCGUAUUCUUGUGUUGGGAGGCGGAACUGUGCUGGAGUUCGGUAGUCCCGCGGAGCUCAUGCGUCGGAAGAAUGGUGCUUUCAGGGACAUGGUGGAGACGGAUGCAGAGAGGGAAUUGCUAUACAGGGAAAUUUUUGCUAGUCGGAAAUAG